UUUGACCUCGGUAAAGUUGAGGCAAAUCGGGUCAAAACAAAACAUGGCUGCCACCGAAGUGGGAUGUGAACACUACGUACGCAACUGCCGGCUGAAAGCACCAUGCUGUGGGAAGUUCUACGUCUGCAGGUUGUGCCACGAUGCAGAGGAAGACCAUGAAAUGGACAGGUUCCAAGUCAAGGAGGUCCAGUGCAUCCCAUGCAAUGCGGUGCAGGAGGCACAGCACGCUUGCAAGGAGUGUAACGUGGAAUUUGGGGAAUAUUACUGCGGCAUUUGUCACUUGUUUGACAAGGACAAAAAGCAGUACCAUUGCCAACCGUGUGGCAUAUGCAGGAUCGGUCCAAGGGAGAAAUACUUUCACUGUGAAAAGUGCAAUUUGUGUUUAGCGUGUAAUCUUCAAGGGAAUCAUAAGUGUGUGGAGAAUGUGUCGAGACAGAAUUGUCCAGUUUGCAUGGAGGAUAUUCAUACAUCUAGGAUAGGGGCAGAUGUCCUUCCUUGUGGUCAUUUAUUACAUAAGACUUGCUUCAUGGAGAUGUGCAAAACAGGCUCCUACCGAUGCCCACUCUGCAUGCACUCCGCUUGCGACAUGCAGGCCUACUGGGAAGAGAGGGACAAGGAAAUAGCGCAGUCACCAAUGCCUACUGAAUAUCAGGAUGCUACCGUCAAGAUCAUUUGUAACGACUGCCAAGCUCAUUGCACGGUGCCCUUCCACGUGCUGGGCCUGAAGUGCAGCGGCUGCGGGUCCUACAACACCGCGCAGGAUGGCGGGUUGAUCCAGCCGCCACAGCCACCAGAACCACAGGAACCUCCACAGCAGCAACAGCAGCAGGACCAGAACCAGCAGGAAGAGGAAGAGGAGGAACAGGAAGAGGAAGAGGACCCUGACCCAUGACCAGUUGACCUUUGAACCUCGACCCCUCCCCCCUGAACCAGGUUGCUCACCACCCCGCACCACUCCCUGGAGAUUUUUUUUUUUUCUGCAGGGUGGUUAGGGAAGACUCUUUGAUAUUCUCCACAGAUCUCCAUAGCCCUGGUAAUGAGUAUGCUUGAACAUAAUGAAAUGCAGCUUCAAGCUGUUUAUGCCCCACUGAAAUAAUGUAGAAGUGUGUGAUGUCUCAUGGUGAACCAAACACGGACAAGUUUCCUCAUGAAUAGUGAAGAGCCAUCUUCCCCAACCACCCUGCAAAAAAAAAAAAACCUUUGCACCUUUGCAUCAUCCACAUCCAGUUCCUCCAAUGCUAGACUGUGACCACUAGGAUACAAACUUAUUUCUUUCCAAACUUUUUUUGUCCAUUAUCUGUAAGCUUAAGGCGAUACAGGCAUACGGUAAGCAGUGAUGGACAACCUGGAUUCAAAAGCUAUAAUACAGUAGCCUUACGCGCCAUCCUACGUACUUCCGCCAAAGGAUUGGCUCCACUACUUGUCUGGCCCCUGUUUUUUGUGGAGCAGUGUUUAGCGGUAAGAUUUUGCUGGCCAACCCUCCCCAGAAAACGACUAAUAAGCCUGCGCUAUGUUGUUGAGUAACUGUCGGCGAUUGGGUGAGAGUUGUCCAAUCAUUUCAAAAUAGAACUGAGUGCAAACUUCCCGCUUCUU